GACACGAUGGAGUUCAGAUGCAUUAAAACGUCUUUGUUUCUGAUUCUGCUGCUUCUGUUUAUAGCAGCAGCAACCGGACAGAAGGUCCUCUAUCACUCUGUGAGAGAUGGAGGUGAAGGCACUCUGCCUUGUAACGAUGUGAUGGAUGAUCAGAGUAACUGUGACGGUACUGUCUGGACCUUCAGGGGCUCAUUAGGCAGAGCAACAGUACCUCUGGUUGAACGUGGGCAGAGUGUUGAAAACACAGACAGACUGAGUGUUACAGAGAAAUGUUCUCUGCGUAUAAAGAAGGUCACAGUUCAGGAUGCUGGUCGUUAUGAUUGUCAGCAGUUUGGAUCAGAUCCAAACACUGUUCUCCUGUCUGUUGUUACCUUCACUGAACAUCACAACAAUGAUCAGGUGACAUUAGACUGCUCUGUGUCCAUAUAUGACUUCUGUAGACACACAGUGAAGUGGCUGUUUGAAGGUCGAGAUGUGGAACACUCAGAUAUAAAGACGUCACAGUCUCUCUGCUCUGCCUCUGUGACUGUUCUGACUUCUCGUUUUAGUUACACACAACGUUUACUUACAUGUGCUGUGAGUUUCAUUAAUGAUAAGGGAGUGCAGAUCUUCAGCCCUCAGUCCUCAGGUGAGGACACACAACCAACAACAACAACAACAACAACAGGACCAACAACAGAUGUUUUGCUGUACAUCGCUGUGCCUUUGCUUUUAGUAGCACUCUUAAUAAUCACCGUGGCUUUCAUCAGAUGGAAGAGAACUAAAGGGCAGAAAACACAGAAGGAUGACCAUGAUGGGCUGACCUCAAACGCUGCAGCUACAGAGAUCAGUCAGGACCAGGCGGAUCCUGAAGAUGGAGUUUCCUACGCCUCCGUCAGCUACACCAAGAAGACCGACAGCAAAGCCCAGGUUCGGAGUAAAACUGAUGACGAUGAAGGUGAUGCAGUGACUUACAUGAGCGUGAAAGCUUCUUCCCACGAUCCCAGCAGUCUCUACGCUACCAUCAGCUAAACUAAUAAUCAUCAGACCUUUGCUAAUCUCCGCUGAUAUUCUUUUAGGAUCAUUUUCAGGAUGGAUUUUUGUAAAAAGCUUCCUUUUCAGAAGGGUGUGUGUGUAGGUUGCUGCAAUGUAAAAGAAAAAGGGGAAGUAAUGACUAAACAUGUUUAUGUGUAACUGCUUACAUUUGAAUUAACAUAAUAUAAGACACAUUUUGUUUGAACUUACUGUCAUGCUCGUUUUGCUCUGUGAUGCAUUUGUUUAGUUUAUAGUAUAUUGCUAGAUUUGUGUUUCAAUUACAUGUAUUGCCUUUAAUUAUUCAAUAUGCAAUAAAUUAUCAAGAUUGAGCAAUUUUACUGAA